UUUAAGUAUUCUUCAUAUGCCCUUCUGUAAAAUUGUCCUAGAAAUAUAAACAUUUUGCAAAGUUGUUUUGCCAGUGAAUAAUUUGAUUUUUAUGAAAUGUUUUGUGAAGCAGUAUGCGUAAGUCUAUACAAAAUAUUUCCUGUGCUUCAAGAUAAGGUGAAUACAGGGCCGGUAUCGGAGCAUGAAAUCUCUCAGCUGUCGAUUGAAUUAGAGCAAUUUCAGCUGCUACCGUUUGUAUACGAAACAAUAUUUAUCAAGAUCGACCGGUUGCUACGACACGAAACUGUUCCGAAAUUUUGGUUCAACUUCAGUACAAACAAACCAAAUGACGAUGGUAAACAGGAAAAUAAUUCAAAUCGGCAGUUUUUCCGAUUCCAGCAUGCCGUACGAGAGUUGUACUAUGACUUCGGAAGAUACUAUUUACAACUGAAACGGCUGCAAAAGAUGCGAAACGGAUCGCCACUGCCAGUGGAUGUGGCCAAAAAACCUAGUGAUUUGAGCGAAUUUUUGCGGAUGUUUCGAUGUGCGCUACUGUCUCAGCUGCCAACAGAUUUCAAUGAUUUGGUGUAUGAGUUUUACAACAUUGCAUUUAAGGUAUUUGCACUGACGCACGUCGAGAGCGAUGACUUCAUGGAAGUCCCGGAUUCAUUUCAGUGUACUGCUUGUGGGUUAGAAUCUAUUCAUUGUCAGUGUCAGAGUUUGGCGAGUGCUUUUACCAGUACUAAUCAACAACUUGCUUCAAUGGGGCUUUUAGACAAGAUUGCUGGAUUCACUUUGACGACGUUGAUCCAUGAACGCAUCGAUGCUAAAAUCUCAGAAACGAAAGAGAAUUUCUCCGUUUCUCACAUUGGUUCGUUGGAACGUUGGUUGAACACGGUCGUGCUGCAGUGGUUGACUCGAAUCUAUAAUAGGGGUUCGUUGACGAUCGCAACAGAGGAUAAAAAAAUUGAGGAAGCGAUUAGCAACUUUCAAACCAAGCUAAGUUUCUACUUGUACGAAAAUUACGCUAAUGCAAUUAUAGACCAAUUUUUUGGUAUUAUAAUUGAUUUUCCUAUGUCACAAGCAGCAAUCGAUGAUUUAAAACCUUGUUUGGAGAAGAUUGAUUUGAAGAGCCACCUUGUUAAAAAAGUCAAACACACGUUAGAAUCUAAACUUUUACAUCCGGGUGUAGACACACCAGAUAUACUGACUGGUUAUGUGGCUGCUAUCAAAACACUUAGGCAUCUUGAUCCAACGGGAGUUCUACUGCAAACGAUUACGGAACCAAUUAAGGAGUAUCUUCGAAGCAGACCAGACACGGUUCGCUGUGUUGUGACCGGUUUGACUGAGGAGGGUUGCUCGGAUCUUUCCGAGGAACUUGCCAAAAGUGAACAUCUAAAAUCGAAGGAAGAUGUCAAUGAAAAACUAGAAUUGACCGAUUGGGAGAACUGGAAUCCUGAUCCGGUUAAUGCAGAUGCGAUGUUGUCCAAAGAAGCACGAUCUGGACGACCCUCGGAUAUAAUUUCUAUGGUUGUCGAUAUUUACGGCAGUAAGGAACUGUUUGUGAAUGAGUAUCGAAAUCUACUUGCAGAACGGUUAUUAUCACAGCUAGACUCCAAUCCAGAUAAAGAACUUCGUAAUCUAGAGCUACUAAAACUGAGAUUUGGCGAAACCAUGCUGCACAGUUGCGAAGUUAUGCUAAAAGAUAUUGCCGAUUCUAAGCGAAUUAAUGCUCAUAUUAUAUCUGACGAAUCUGGCUUCCCACACGAGCGACCCUUUGAUAUAUCUGCUCUUAUAGUGUCAUCACAGUUCUGGCCCACGUUCAAGAAAGAAACUAUGAAUUUACCAACGGUAAUCAAAGACAUGUUUGAUCGGUACACAAAAAUUUUCGAAUCGUACAAGGGUAACAGAACACUCCACUGGACCCCUCUGAACGGAAAAGUAAUAAUCGAGCUAGAGCUAGAUGGUAAACGCAGUGAGAUGCAAGUUACUCCAGCUCAAGCCACCAUUGCUAUUCAUUUUAGUGAACAAGUUGAGUGGGAAUUGGAGAAACUAGGUCAAAAGAUGAACAUGCCUCCGUCGAUUUUACGAAAACGACUAGUUUUCUGGCAAUCGCAAGGUCUGAUUCGUGAAUCACGCGAAAACUUCUUCGUUCUCAACGAUCGUAACAGCAAAACGGAUGCAGCAAACUUACAGACGCAUAUACCAGAUGUAUGCGAUGACGAAGAAACCGAAAGUGCGAUGGAGUCUGCCAGCGAUCAGCGCGAGGAAGAACUUCAAGUAUUCUGGUCGUAUAUUGAAGCAAUGUUGACCAACUUAGACUCAUUGCCGUUGGACCGUAUCCAUCAGAUGCUAAAAAUGUUUGCUUCCCAGGUGGACGUUUCGCAAGAGGAACUCAAGAACAUAUUACAAAGAAAGGUGCGCGAACAUAAACUGGUGUACGCUGGAGGCGUAUAUCAAUUACCGAAGGUCUAAUAAAUACUUUGUUUUUA